GCUGAACUGGUUGGGAUGCCGGACAAGUGGCGUGAGCCAGAUCUCCUCAAUUUCAAGAAGGGAUGGAUGUCCAUCCUGGACAAGCCAGGAGAGUGGAAGAAACACUGGUUCGUGCUGACCGACUCGAGCCUGAGAUAUUACCGGGACUCGAACGCCGAGGAGGCUGAUGACCUUGAUGGCGAAAUCGAUCUCCGCUCCUGCACAGAUGUGACAGAAUUUGCGGUGCAGCGCAACUAUGGCUUCCAGAUACACACGAAGGAUGCCAUCUUCACACUGUCAGCCAUGACCUCAGGCAUCCGGCGCAACUGGAUUGAGGCUCUGAAGAAGAACGUGCGCCCUGUUAGUGCUCCAGAUGUCACCAAGCUAUCUGACUGCAACAAGGAAAACACAAUCCGUAACUGCAUCCCACCAAAGAGCUCACUGCGAGUGGACGAGCAGCAGCAGCCAAGUUCUGAGGGAAGCACCAAAGGCAGCACUUGGAAAGCGGAUGGGCCACGCCAUGCCUUUGACUACGUAGAACUGUCCCCCUUGCAGCAGGAUCCCCAAAAUCAGGGGUCCCCACCGAGGACAAGAGGGAGUUUGAGGGUGUCAGAGCGAGUGUCCAAGCAUGAGGAUCUAGAGCGGGAUUUGGCAGUGCGUUCAGAGGAGAGGCGCAAGUGGUUUGAGAGUCCAGACGGCAGGGUCUCCAACAGUGAUGGCCCAGGGGGAAACUUGUCCAGCAAGGUGGAGGAGCCAGACUUGCCUGCUGCCCCACUUUCAGAGGAGCAGCGAGUUCGGCUGAACGAGGAGAUAGAGAAGAAGUGGCUGGAGCUGGAGCGCUUGCCCUUGAAGGACUCACGGCGAGUGCCCUUGACAACACUGCUGAACCAGGGCAAGGGGAACCACGGAGAUGCCAAUGAGGCACUGAAAAAGGAGGUCCAGUCGCUGCGGGCGCAGUUGGAGUCCUGCCGGGCCCGAAACGAGAGCCUUCGGGAAGCUGCCAAGUCCCAGGGAGAUGGCCACAUGCCCCGGGGGUACAUCUCUCAGGAGGCCUGUGAGCGUAGCCUGGCUGAGAUGGAGUCGUCACACCAGCAGGUGAUGGAGGAGCUGCAGAGGCACCACCAGCGAGAAAUGGAGCGGCUGCGGCAGGAGAAGGAGCGGCUCCUUGCAGAGGAGGCUGCAGCAACGGCGGCAGCCAUUGAAGCACUGAAGAAGGCCCACCGGGAGGAGAUGAACAAGGAGCUGGGCAGGACACGGAGCUUUCAGCAGUGUGGCUCUGUCACAGACGCCCUCCAGAAGCAGCACCAGUUGGAUGUAGACUCACUGAAGCGGGAGCUGCAGGUGCUGUCAGAGCAGUACUCCCAGAAGUGCCUGGAAAUUGGGCAGCUAACAGAGAAGGCAGAGGAGCGGGAACAGAUGUUGCAGCGCUGCCAGCAAGAGGGGAAGCAGCUCCUUCGGAAGAACCAGGAGCUGCAGAUCCGCCUGUCGGAUGAGAUUGGGAAGCUGCGAAGCUUCAUCACCUCGCGGUGCUCUGGGGACCGAUCUCCGCAAAACAACGAGCGCAACUCCUGCGAGCUGGAGGUGCUGCUGCGUGUGAAGGAGAAUGAGCUCCAGUACCUGAAGAAGGAGGUACAGUGCCUCCGGGAGGAGCUGCAGAUGAUGCAAAAGGACAAGAGAUUUGCCUCAGGGAAAUACCAGGACGUCUAUGCAGAGCUGAAUCAUAUUAAGGUGCGCUCAGAGCGAGAGAUUGAGCAGCUGAAGGAGCAUCUGCGCCUGGCCAUGGCAGCCCUGCAGGAGAAGGAAACACUGUGCAACAGCAUCAGCAAUUAACGGUCUACUUCAUUUGUUUAUCUGUUCUUGUUUUUUAUUUGCUCCGUUCCUCACUUAAGGAGAGAGGGAGGUUGGAUCUCAUCCUUGGCGAGACAUCUCUCUCCUCAGCCAGCUCCUCACUUCCCUCCCAAAGCUUUCGAUGAAGCCUUUCCAAAACCUUUUUGCCUUUGUAUCUGAGCACGUUAUUUGGAAUGGCUCCUUACAUGCACCUUCUUCAGGAUUUUAUACGUGAAAAUUGUAUUUUAUAGAAGAAUUUUGUUUUCCCUUGAGAAAAAGAGGAAAAGGAGAGGGAAAGCUUCUACGUCACCAGCAUUUUCUAACCAGAGAAAGAGAAUAUACUCCCCACUUCCUCAGCCCCCCCUGCUCCCAGCCACGUAUCUGCCUUUGGCACUCCCGUUCCCUCUCUUCCACCUGUCUCUGGGGCCCCAUGGGGAUGUAUGGGGACACGUAACAACAUCACUGCCCCAGCACCCAGUGGAGGAGACACCCAAGCCAUAGGAGGAGGCCGCCUGCCGCAGCUGCACCCACCUGCAACUUUGAAAGAGGAGACCUUGGCACGAGGCUGCACGAUGGAGCUCUCAGUGACUGUCCUUCAGCUCUGCCUUGGCACAGCCUCAGCUCCAGGAGCCUCCCCACUCACCCUCCCUCGGGCUGGGGAGAGCCCGACAUGUUAGUGGCAGAGGAGCUGCUGUUCUGCCACACCCUUCAACUCUUAACUUAAUAAAAUCUUCCCCUUUUGCUGAGAAAAA